GCCUGCACCUCCGCUCAGUCAGGAAAACUCAGCCAGGAAUCAAUGAGUUCAACCAGAAGAACUGAAGCUGAUGAUGUUCAGGAACUCCAGAGCUGGUGACUGAGCUGACUGUGAACCAGUAGCGCCGGGACCACGAUGGGUGGGAAGCAGUCUCGCAGUUCGUCCAAAAAAGAUCUGAACGAGGUGAGCGUGGUUCCAAGGAGGAAGAGCACUUUCAGAGGGGACCAGCUGGGCUUUUCCUCGGCGGCCGAGCGGAUCCGCAAAUACACAACGGUGCACUUUGGUUACAGCACCCUGAGCUUAGCCAUGAGGGGUCUGGAUGAAACCCCCUGCGAGCUGUGGGAGCUGCGCGAGCUCCAGAAGCUCAACUUGUCCAUGAACAGUUUGUGCUCGCUGCCCCCCAGUCUGGGCGCUCUGGACAACCUGGUGGUUCUAAACUUGUGGGGGAACAACUUGUCCUGCCUGCCCCCCGAGAUCGGCCUCCUGAAGAAGCUGCGGGUGCUGUUCGCUUGUUGCAACUGCCUGAGCAAAGUCCCCGAGGAGCUGGGCUCCUGCACCCACCUGGAGGUCCUGAGUCUGGCCAACAACCAGAUCUCGGGGCUCCCCGGCAGCCUGGCGUCCAUGCGCAGCCUGACCAAACUCAACCUGAGCCACAACCGCAUCGCUCACAUCCCGACCUGCGUCUACAGCAUGAAGGGCCUGGUGUUCCUCCACCUGGCCUGCAACCGCCUGGAGACCAUCGCGGACCAGAUCCAGGACCUGGUGAACCUGAAGAUCCUGAUUGUGGAAGGAAACAGCAUACACAGCCUGCCGAAGACUCUGUGUUUCCUGGAGUCUUUGGAGCUCCUUAACGUGGACUUUAACGAGCUGCAAAGCGUCCCCGUUGAGUUGUACUUACUGAGCCGGCUCGGGCGGCUGGCCUGUCACCCACUGGACAAAGGACUCCAUAUCAUCCACAACCCCCUCCUCAAGCCCAUCCAGGAGGUACUACAAGGAGGACUCAGUGCUCUUUAUAACUAUCUCAAACCCACAUGAAAAGCUGGACAGAAUGUGUGCGUGUGUUAUCACAAGUUUUACGUUUGGGCUUAAAUUUAUGAUAAAGUAUAAUUUCUCAGUAAAAACUAGAAAAGCUUCUGUAGCCAGGCUGAUUUUCUUCUAAAUGUCUCAAUUUAUUUGAUAAAAACUGAUUCCGCAUUAUCUUUUUUCCCUAAUGUUUUUGGUAAUCUGAUACAUUUCGUAUACUUUCGGCCACUUUAGCUCAGUCCGCGUACGCAGAAAAUGCUGCAGCCGAGUCCCAACCAUCAGCUGAAUCAUAUUUAAAGGUUUGUUACUCGACAGUAAACGGGGUCAAGAGAAGGGGCCCGGCUGAUGCAGAGGAAUCCACAGGUCCACAUUUGGGUGCUGAUCAGUCAGUUGAGCUCGGUGUUGACGGCGGGGUGUGUGUGUAUGUGUGUGUGUGUGUGUGUGUGGGGGGGGGGGGGGUUCAGCCACACGUCACCACUCUCCUCAUUGUGUUCAGGUCACAGGGAUCAUGUGUGGAACAUGAGUGGAAAGAACAGCAGGGGGAGGAGUACUGAGAUCUGCUGGAUCAUUUUAAAGAAACCGUGACAGUGACUUUGUCCCGAUAUAAAUCUUGUUCCACUCAUCAGAUCAACCGGGUAAUGGUUGACAUUUGGAAACAAAAAGCUUUGAUUUGUUCAUGGUUGAGUAAAAAAAAAACUUUCCUA